AUGGCCAGCAGCAACCACGCCAAUGACCGCACCAACCUCACCAGCCGCAUCCUCCCCGAAAUGAGCCUCUCGCCAGGCCGCGACGCCGCCCUCGACGCCCGCAUCGACUCUCUCCACCCCGCGGCCCGCGACUCGGCCGCCGGCCGCUUCAGCAUCGCCGGCAACGCCAUCGUCACGGGCGGCACCGGCGCCAUUGGCACCGUCGUGGCGAGGGCGAUGCUGCAGCACGGCCUGGCCGGGCUGAUGCUGAUCGACCUCAACGUGGCCGCGUCGCGGGACGCCGUGCAGGCGCUGCGGCGCGAAUUCCCCGCGGCCAAAAUCACGGCCGUCGAGGUGGACGUCACUGACGAGGGGGCCGUUGCCGCAGCUAUUAGCGAAGCCGUCCAGCUGUUGGGCUCGGUGGACAUGCUGGUGUGUCUUGCGGGCAUCGUGGGAUGCGCGCACGCGUUGGACAUGCCCGUCAGCCAGUGGCGCAGGAUCCUCGACAUCAACACCACGGGGGCCUUUAUCUGCGCGCAGGCCGCGGCACGGCAAAUGGUCGCUCAGGGCCGCGGCGGGCGCAUCAUCUUCACGGCAUCGAUAUCAGCGCACAGGGUCAACUUCCCGCAGCCACAAGUCGCGUACAACGUGAGCAAGGGGGCGCUGCUGAUGCUCAAGAACUCGCUGGCGGCGGAGUGGGCGCAGUACGGCAUCACGGUGAACAGCAUCAGCCCGGGGUACAUGGACACGGUGCUGAACGAGGGGGAAGGGUUGGCGGCGGCGAGGAAGGUCUGGAGCGAGAGGAAUCCGGCUGGGAGGAUGGGCGUGCCGGAGGAGUUGGCUGGGGUGGUGGUGAUGAUGCUGAGCAGGGCGGGGAGUUAUAUGAAUGGGGCGGAUGUGGUUGUGGAUGGGGGAGGACAUGUGUUUUGA